UUUUUCUUAAAAGACUUCUACUUUCUGCAACAACAACAAACCAAUGUGUUCUUUGGCUAAAGGCCUCGUUGGCUAAAAGUAAAAGGCAAGCUGUUUACAGACUAUUAUUCGUAUACUAUAGUAUAGAUAGAGUUGUAAUACAGUAGACCUAGACCUUCUACUGACCUUUGAAUCAUCAGUCACAAUGAAUAGAGCAAAGAAAAAGGGUGAAGACUUCAAAACAUUUUUUGGAAACAAAAAAGAAGGGCAAGGAUUUGCUGAUAAAAGGAAGAAAAAAGCUGCUUAUGAAUACCUGAAGCUUCUGAAGAAAGAGAAGCAGCAAAAGAUCCGUGAGGGAAAAGAACCGGAGAAGCACAGACCUUUAGCCUUUCUCAGUCCACACGGGAAAGAUAAAGGAAAGAAAUCUCAUGCCUUCAGUGCAGCGCAGAAAGUUGCUCAGAAAAAACAAGAGGAAAGGAGGAAAAAGCAAGAGGAAGGACAGCAGGUGCAGCAGGAAAAGGAAACGGCCUUGAAGGCGUACAAAGAUCGGAAGCGAGAGCAGCACCUCAAACUGUGCAAGAAGACAAGCAAAGGCCAGCCGGUCAUGAGGCAUCAGAUGGAAGUCUUGUUGGAGAAGAUCAAGAAGCAGAAAGGAGGAGGGUCUUAAUAUUUUGUUUUGUUUUUUGUUUCUUUGGUGUAUGUAUGUAAUGUUGUGUUUGUGUUUGUGAAUGCAGGUGAUGUAAAAAAAAAAAUGAUAGAUAGGCUCUGGAUAUGAGAGGGAGGUUUGUGCAUUGUGAGUGUGAGAGUUUUGGUUGUUGUGAAUUUGUCCAGCUGGAUGCGUCUCUAGUGAGGCUUUUGAUUGUGUGCUGCUGGGCUUGAACUUGAAAUAAGUUGUUGGACUGCUGUACUGUAAAUAAUUUUGUACCUUGUAUAUAUAUCAUCUCCGUUUUGCCUGAUGUCUGUUACAAGGUGAUUGGUUCUCCUUUGUACUGAAAUGUACACCUGGUUCUUUUGUUUUUAUUGCUCUCUCACUCAGUCUGAAUGUGCAUGAAGUCCAAUAAAGUGUUAUUUAUCAAUA